AUGUCGAAUAAUCGAGUUUAUCAAAAUGCUCAACCUAAUUUGGUUCUGAGACCAAAUGCGUUGCACAAGUAUUUAAAGGGCAGCCUACCGUUUACAUGUUCGGGGCUGAGAAAAGACAAUAUGCAGUUCCCAGAUAUUUUUCCCUUGAAUCUUCAUCAACAGAUAUGGUAUCCUGAUAGCUUCAGAAUUGUUAAGGGGAUUGUGGUAGUUGAUGAUCCUGUUACCUCGUAUAUGAAAGACGAUGAUCGGGAAAAGUUCAAAUCUGUGACUGGCAUGAAUAACCUGAAAAUUGCCAGAAAAUAUAAGCAGGUGUUCCAGGAUUGUGGAAAAAGUAAGCACAGUAGUAGCAAGGAAAGUGAAGAGGCAGGACGUAUUUCUAAUGGAAAUAGUAAAUUAUCUGAGAGGUUCCAACAAAAGUAUAAAAGGAGGUGCCUCUCUCAUCGACGAUCAGUUGCAGUAUAUUCCCCCAUUGACACUUCAUCAGAAGACACAAAAUAUUGUGGAAAGGAUGAACCUUCAUGGAAUACCUGCAAACCAGAAGGACCUGUGCUCAUGCCCCUCCCGUCUGUUUCUACAAAGGAAGCAUGUGUUUUAGAUCAUUCUAUUGUUUUGUCUGGGACGGUCCAGAGAGGGGUUGUUGGACCACCAAUUCGUGCUAUGGAUAUUGGCGUUAGCAAGGUUGCAUAUUAUUUCCGAGUAUCUCUACCAGGAAUCAGGAAGGAUUUUUGUCAAUUUAGUUAUGAAAUUGAACCCAAUGGGAGGGUUCAACUAGAAGGCUUCACAAGUGGUGGAAACCUAAAGAAACGCUCACGUUCCUUCCAAAUGAAAUUGCAGCAACUAUGCCCUCCUGGACCAUUCACCUCCUUCAGUCUUCCGGGACCUGUUGAUCCAAGGCUCUUUGCACCUAACUUCAAAUCGGAUGACAUCUUUGAAGGAGUAGUUCUAAAAUAG